AUGAGUUCCUGGCCCUCGGAUUUCCAGGGCACUCGGGAUGACCUCGAUUACGAGAACGAGAACAUAACGCAUCUCGAACGCCAGCGAGGGCUCGGAGACGAUGAAGAUUGGAUCGAUCUUUUUAUGCAUGAUCCAGAUGAAACCGAUGGUUUCCUUUUUGAGGUCGAGAAGAUCCGAGACUUUUUGGAUGGUACCACUUCCAGAACCAUCCGACCUGAUGACGCGGAAGACGGUAGUUCUCCUUAUUAUAUUGCCUGGCUGGACGAACGCUGCUAUGAGGGCGGUUCAAGAGUGUAUUGCAAUCCACUGACGGCAGCUGGACUCUUCGAGAAGUUGUCGAAACGCCGAAUUCGACCUCGCUGCUCUUUCCUUCCAUGCCUCUCUCUCCAAGCUUCUCCAGCGGUUGCGCGAGCAGAUUCCUCGGCGCACAGUAGGCCCGACGGAGGGGACCACACGGAACCUGGAGAAACGAUCGAUCUGAGUUGUUGCAUGAGGGACUCUAGGAGAGCAUCACUCUCGGGGCGUCUGCAGCAGGGGGUUUCCCGGGCGCCAGGUGUGUGCCCCUUUGCACCUGGCUGGAGGAUAGGUCUCCGGUGGGCACCAGACGAGCCGGAUGCGGCAAGGCGUCUGAUAUUCGUCACUGACUUGGAUUCCGAGACCGCCACGGUUCUCAUGAAAACUGCGUCAUACCAUCAAGCCAGGCCUCUUCGUCACGCUCUCUACCACCACAUUGUUGGCCGAGCUCUCAUGAGCGUGAAUUUUCCAUCAAGACUGCCUUCGUGCUUCGAGCUGGAAUUCCACAUGCCAUUCUACGCUUGGAGACCUUUUCGCUGUGAAGACCACCGCAGAUACGCACGCGGUGGGCCGUUGAGAAACACAGUGGAUGUCUCAUUUCUCAAUCGGCAAUCCGGAUAUCUUCCCCAGGUCUUGUGUGAAGCUCAUUUGACGUGUGUGAUAUCUGGGUCAGAUGACCGGCAUUGGGUUGCCUAUUUCUUCGCCGACACCUAUUUCGAUGGUAAGGAUGAAGCAAGAGAGACUGUCCUCGAAUACGACAAGGAUAAGCGGAGUGACCACGGCAUGAAUGCGGAUCCGUUGACCUACGGCAAUGUCGACGCAGAUGUCGAUCCGAUCUGGGAUCCGCGAAAAUACUUUCUUACCAUUGUCCAACAUCGACUCCGACAGGUAACACGCGAAUGGUUGCAGGUGGUCACGAAUCUUAGGGAAAGUUUCUCUCAUUUCGAGCAGGUGAACGAUCUGUCAAUGAAAUUAUUAGAGAGGUUGACGGAUGCCGUCGAUGCCGUCGAGACCUGGCUGCGUAAUUGCGCCGCUUUCUUCCACGGACUGCCACAAUCGCCCAACGAUUCGAGAUUCCUGGCUGAAAUCGAGGCAAUCUUUGGCAACUUGAAGUCGCUGAAGCAGCAGCUUGAAUAUCUUGUUGCCCGGGGCAAAUACUUCUCUAAAAGGCUUGCGAUUCAUCUCAAUCUUGACGCAGUCGAAGUGGGCGUAAGACAAAGUCAGCAGGCAAGAGAGACUAAUAAUUAUUCGUGGGUCAUGAUGGUAAGCUUAUCUCUAAUGAGAAUUGCAUAA